UAAAAAAGUUAGUUAAAAAAAAAUAUUAACUUAUCCAACUCUGGUUUUAAUAUAGUUUCCAUUUUUUUAGUUUUAUAAAAAGCGUUUUAUUAUGAUCCAAUAAAGAAAUUAUAUUCUUUAUAUGACAAUUAUACAAAGUUAAUAUUUGGUAUUUUUUUGAUGACAGACGGCAAAAACGGGAUGAAGCACAAUAUGACUUUGCACGUAUGAAAGGAGCAACAUUGUUAUCCGAAGGUGUGGAUGAAAUGGUUGGUAUACAAUAUCGUCCAAAGACACAAGAGACACGUCAAACUUACGAGGUAUUGCUCAGUUUCAUACAAGAAGCUUUGGGUGAUCAACCACGCGAUAUCCUUUGUGGUGCAGCUGACGAAGUAUUGCAAGUGUUGAAAAACGACCGUGCUAAGGAGAAAGAAAAGAAAAAAGAAACGGAAUCCUUACUCGGUUCAUUAGCAGAAGAGAGAUUUGCCCUGCUUGUAAACCUCGGCAAGAAGAUCACGGAUUAUGGUAAUGACGAAAAAAGUACAACAAAUGAUGAAAAUAUUGACGAAACAAUGUAUGGGAUCAAUGUGCAGUUUGAGGAGAGUAGUGAGGAGGAUGAUGAGGAUCAAUAUGGAGAGGUUCGAGAAAAUGAUGACGAAGGAGAUGAAGGUGAAGAAGCUAACGACGACAGGGCUAUUCAUGCGGAAAACCUCGGUGGAACUGAAGAGAUGAAAAAGGAAAAACCGUUACAUCCAUUGGAUGUAGAUGCAUAUUGGUUGCAAAGAAGAUUAAGUAGGAUAUAUGAUGAUGCUAUGGUAUCGCAAGCGAGAGCUGCUGAAGUAUUAGCUGUUUUGAAAAAUGCUGCUGAUGAUCGUGAAUGCGAGAAUCAGCUUGUGCUUUUAUUAGGCUACGAUUGCUUCGACUUCAUUAAACAGCUUAAAAAAUAUAGACAUACAGUUGCAUACUGCACGAUGUUGGCCUCAUCGCAGUCUGAAUCAGAAAGACAAAAGAUCCGAAACAAAAUGAACGAUAAUCCGGUACUCGCCAAAAUCUUGCGGCAAUUAGACACGGGUAAAGGGGAGGACGACGCUGACGAAACAAUGGAAGCGAGAUCGCAACGCAAAAGACGAGAAGAGAACGAGGAUACCGGUGGACCCGGGGGACAGGUUCAAGGUACAAGAAACUUGAUAGAUUUGGAGGAUUUAAUAUUUGCCCAAGGAAGUCACUUCAUGGCUAACAAGCGUUGCCAAUUACCAGACGGAAGUUUCCGAAAACAGCGAAAAGGAUACGAGGAAGUUCACGUUCCUGCUCUAAAGCCGAAACCGUUCGCAGAAAAUGAAAAACUACAUCCAAUUGAGCAAUUGCCCAAAUAUGUGCAACCUGCUUUCGAGGGCUUUAAGACUCUGAAUCGUAUACAAAGUCGUUUGUAUCAGACAGCAUUGGAGAGCGAUGAGAAUCUGCUGCUGUGUGCUCCAACAGGAGCUGGUAAAACCAACGUGGCUCUGCUGUGCAUGAUGCGGGAAAUUGGAAAGCACAUAAAUGCUGAUGGUACAAUCAAUGCAGAUGAAUUCAAAGUAAUUUAUGUCGCUCCGAUGCGUUCGCUGGUGCAAGAAAUGGUUGGCAAUUUCCGUAAGCGAUUGUCAACAUACAAUCUGACUGUUUCCGAAUUGACCGGCGAUCAUCAGUUAACGCGAGAGCAAAUUGCCGCUACUCAGGUGAUAGUAUGUACCCCGGAGAAGUGGGAUAUUAUAACAAGAAAGGGUGGCGAGAAAACUUUUACGUCAUUAGUACGAUUGAUUAUCAUCGAUGAGAUUCACUUAUUGCAUGACGAGAGAGGGCCUGUUCUAGAGGCACUAGUCGCAAGAACGAUACGAAACAUCGAAACUACUCAAGAGGACGUACGUCUUGUCGGAUUAUCGGCCACAUUACCCAAUUAUCAGGACGUUGCAGCAUUUUUGCGUAUUAAACCGGAGACGGGAUUGUUCUACUUUGACAACAGUUUCCGACCUGUAGCUUUAGAACAGCAAUAUAUCGGCGUUACCGAGAAAAAAGCACUGAAGCGCUUCCAGGUGAUGAAUGAGAUUGUCUACGAGAAGACCAUGGAACACGCUGGCAGGAAUCAGGUAUUGAUAUUCGUGCAUUCGCGUAAAGAAACCGGAAAAACGGCGCGCGCUAUUCGAGACAUGUGUCUGGAGAAGGAUACCCUGGGUCAGUUCCUCAGGGAAGGCUCCGCAUCGAUGGAGGUUUUAAGAACGGAAGCAGAGCAAGUGAAAAAUCAGGAGCUUAAAGAUCUGCUGCCGUAUGGUUUUGCGAUUCAUCACGCCGGUAUGACUCGUGUGGAUCGCACGCUCGUGGAGGAUCUCUUCGCCGAUAGACACAUACAAGUUCUCGUAUCUACAGCAACCUUAGCCUGGGGUGUCAACUUGCCAGCUCACACGGUUAUUAUCAAGGGUACUCAGGUGUACAACCCGGAGAAGGGUAGAUGGGUAGAGUUGGGCGCGUUAGAUGUGCUGCAAAUGUUAGGACGAGCCGGUCGACCGCAGUAUGACACUAAAGGUGAGGGUAUCCUCAUCACUAAUCAUAGCGAGCUGCAGUAUUAUCUGUCGCUUUUAAAUCAACAAUUACCCAUCGAAUCUCAAUUAAUCAGCAAGAUGUCCGACAUGUUGAACGCGGAGGUGGUGCUAGGAACGAUCCAAAAUAUUAGAGAUGCAGUUACCUGGCUCGGUUAUACUUAUCUUUACAUUAGGAUGCUUCGCUGCCCGAAUCUGUAUGGGAUAAGUUACGACAAAUUGAGGCAAGAUCCUUUAUUGGAGCUGCACAGAGCUGAUCUAAUCCAUUCGGCUGCAGUCGGAUUAGAUCGCAGUGGCUUAAUCAAAUACGAUCGCAAGUCCGGCAAUUUUCAAGCGACCGAGUUGGGCAGAAUAGCAUCUCAUUAUUAUUGCACUCACGAAACGAUGUCUACGUACAAUCAGUUGCUGAAGCGCACGCUGAGCGAGAUAGAAUUGUUUCGGGUGUUCUCACAGUCGGGCGAGUUCAAAAAUAUAAAUGUCAGAGAGGAAGAGAAGCUAGAGUUGCAAAAGCUGAUGGAAAGAGUGCCGAUACCAGUGAAGGAAAACAUCGAGGAACCAAGUGCGAAAGUGAAUGUGCUAUUACAAGCGUAUAUCUCGCAGCUGAAACUCGAGGGAUUUGCCCUUAUGUCCGAUAUGGUGUUCGUGACGCAGUCUGCCUCACGUCUCAUGAGAGCAAUCUUUGAGAUAGUUCUGUUCCGUGGUUGGGCACAAUUGGCGGAUAAAUGUCUGUCUAUCUGCAAAAUGAUCGAUCGCAGGAUGUGGCAAUCGAUGUCGCCGCUCAGACAGUUUCGCAAGAUGCCGGAAGAGAUUGUGAAGAAAAUCGAGAAAAAGAACUUCCCGUGGGAGAGGCUGUACGAUUUGGGGCCCAAUGAGAUCGGCGAAUUGAUCCGCGUGCCGAAGCUAGGCAAGACUAUUCAUAAAUAUGUCCACCAGUUUCCAAAGCUGGGCCUGUCGACGCAUAUUCAGCCGAUCACGCGUUCUACCCUAAGAGUUGUCCUAACUAUCACGCCGGAUUUCCAGUGGGACGAGAAGAUCCACGGUAUGUCGGAGGCGUUUUGGAUUUUAGUCGAAGACGUAGAUUCGGAGGUGAUAUUGCAUCACGAGUAUUUCUUGCUGAAGGCCAAAUAUGCGGCUGACGAACAUGUAAUUAAGUUCUUCGUGCCAGUCUUCGAACCUCUGCCGCCACAGUACUUUUUGCGUGUAGUAUCCGAUCGAUGGAUCGGCGCGGAGACACAAUUGCCCGUAAGCUUUCGACAUCUGAUAUUACCCGAGAAAAAUUUACCACCUACGGAACUGCUAGAUCUGCAGGCGCUGCCGAUAACAGCGUUGCGAAACACUAAAUUCGAGAAUAUCUAUUCUGAUUUUCCACAAUUCAACCCAAUCCAGACGCAGGUGUUCAAUGCGAUCUAUAAUUCCGACGAUAAUGUGUUUGUUGGAGCGCCCACAGGUUCAGGAAAGACAACCAUCGCGGAAUUUGCAGUGUUAAGAUUAUUAACGCAGAAUCCGGAAGGACGAUGCGUGUAUAUGGUGAGCAAAGAAGCUUUAGCUGAAUUGGUCUAUGCCGACUGGGCAGCAAAAUUCGGUCAACAACUGGGAAGAAAAGUUGUUCUACUGAGCGGUGAAACGGGGACAGAUUUGAAGUUACUGGCCAAAGGACAGAUCAUUAUCACCACGGCGGAUAAAUGGGACGUGUUGUCACGUAGGUGGAAGCAACGGAAAAACGUGCAAAACAUCCAGCUGUUUAUUGUAGACGAACUGCAACUGAUCGGCGGCGAAGAGGGUCCUGUGCUGGAAGUUGCAUGUUCACGAGCGCGUUACAUCUCCUCGCAACUUGACAAACCCACCAGGAUUAUAGCGUUAUCGGCCUCAUUGGCUGAUGCCAAAGAUGCUGCACAAUGGUUGGGCGCUCCGGCAGCGGCAACUUUCAAUUUCCACCCGUCUGUACGGCCAGUACCUUUGGAGUUGCACGUACAGGGGAUAAAUGUCACUCACAAUGCGUCAAGAUUAGCUGCAAUGGCAAAACCGGUGUAUAACGCAAUUCUCCGGCACGCUGCACACAAACCAGUGAUCGUAUUUGUGCCCACUCGUCGACAGGCAAGAUUAACGGCUAUUGACUUGCUGACGUUCACGGCGGCUGAGGGUCAACCCUCGAGAUUCUUCCAUGCGGAAGAGGCUGAUAUCAAACCAUUCCUCGAUCGAAUGACCGACAAAACGCUGAAGGAAACUCUAUCGCAAGGCGUUGCUUAUCUUCACGAGGGUUUAUCAGCUGACGAUCGUCGUUUAGUCGAACAAUUAUUUGACAGCGGAGCUAUCCAAGUGGCGGUCGCCACGAGAGAUCUCUGUUGGGGCUUAUCUAUCAGCUCCCAUCUCGUCGUGGUCAUGGACACGCAAUGUUAUAACGGCAAAACGCAUGCCUAUGAGGAUUACCCGAUUACGGACGUUCUGCAGAUGGUGGCUCGAGCUAAUCGGCCGCUAGAAGAUGAGGAUGCCAAGUGCGUGCUCCUGUGUCAAAGCUCGAAAAAAGAUUUUUUCAAAAAGUUUUUGAAUGAACCGCUACCGGUGGAGAGUCACUUGGAUCGCCGGCUGCACGAUCAUUUCAACGCAGAAAUUGUGACGAAAACAAUUGAAAACAAACAAGACGCGGUCGACUAUCUCACGUGGACUUUCCUGUACCGACGACUUACUCAAAAUCCCAAUUACUACGGCUUGCAAGGCGUCACGCAUCGGCACCUCUCGGAUCACUUGUCCGAGCUGGUCGAGAGCACAUUGACCGACUUAGAACAAGCUAAAUGUGUCGCCGUGGAAGACGAGAUGGAUACCUUGCCACUCAACCUUGGAAUGAUCGCCGCUUAUUACUAUAUUAAUUACGCCACUAUCGAAUUGUUCAGUCUAUCUCUCAACAACAAGACGAAGAUCAGAGGUUUACUGGAGAUUAUUUCAGCGGCUGCUGAGUAUGAGAGCGUUCCAGUGCGACAAAGAGAAGAGAAUUUACUGAGAAGUUUGGCCGCGCGUUUACCUCACGCGCCACAGGCUACUAGAAUGGCCGAUCCUCACGUGAAGGCGCAACUUCUUCUACAAGCUCAUUUGUCGAGAAUACAGCUAGGUCCAGAAUUGCAAAAGGACACCGAGCUGGUGCUAGGCAAGGCCGUGAGGCUGAUACAAGCUUGUGUCGAUGUCUUGAGCUCCUCUGGAUGGUUGGCACCCGCCGUCGCUGCUAUGGAACUUGCGCAGAUGGUGACACAGGCGAUGUGGUCCAAGGAUUCCUAUUUGAAACAACUACCACACUUUACAGCAGAGACCAUCAAGCGCUGCACCGACAAGGGUGUGGAGACUGUAUUUGACGUGAUGGAGUUGGAGGACGACGAUCGAAAUCGGUUGUUACAGUUAACGGAUGUGCAGAUGGCAGACGUGGCCAAAUUCUGCAAUCGGUAUCCUAACAUUGAGACGUCAUACGAGGUACAAGAGAAAGACAAAUUGCACAGCGGUGGUACGGUAAACGUGAUCGUACAACUGGAACGGGAGGAUGAAGUGAUCGGGCCAGUAGUCGCGCCUUUCUUCCCGCAAAAACGUGAAGAAGGUUGGUGGGUAGUGAUUGGCGAUCCGAAGAGCAAUUCCCUGCUUUCCAUCAAGCGCUUGACGUUACAACAGAAGGCAAAGAUUAAGCUAGAUUUCGUCGCUCCGGCACCCGGUCAGCACUCCUACACCCUAUAUUUUAUGAGCGAUGCUUAUCUCGGUUGUGAUCAAGAAUACAAGUUCACCAUCAAUGUCGGGGAAUACGACUCGGAUGCCAGUUCCGGUUCCGAUUCCGAUUGAAAUCAUUAACUCGAAUAUGUUCUAUAAUAUGGAUUAUUUUCUUGUACCGUUUGUAUCUUUGUCAAAAGAUAUCACUAUUUUUAAAAUUUUUUUAUUUGUUUACACAAAGUAGUCUUUAUUAAUAAUUAAGCAAUAUAAUUACAAUUUUCUCUGUUCUAUAUAUUCUGUUCCAAAAAUUUUUUAAUUUUCUUUCAAUUCUUGCUCUUAUUCUAACAGCACGUAUGUGGAAUAAAAAAUAUUGUGCACUUACCUUAUGCUUUUCCACUUUUUUUUAUUAAAUAAUAAAUCUAAGCAGUCAGAAAGAGAGAAUUAUAAGGGAUGAAUAUAGUUUAAAGAAAAAUUUAGACUAAAGAAAAAUGCGUGACUAGAAAAAACUUGUAUCUUAUAAUCUUAUUAUUUAGUUUAAAGAAAAAUUUAGUAUAAAAAAAAUGUGACUAGAAAAACUUGUAUCAUAUAAUCUUAUUAGAUAAGCAAUGUCUAAUAAUAUAAAUAAUUAAUGUUACAAUAAGAUAAUUAAAAGUUUUUUUAUUUAAA